AUGGCCAAUAUUUCGAGCUUGGGUCAGAAGAUAAAGGGUAAGACGGGACUCUACACGAUCACCAAACAGCUUCAAGAUACGGUUUGGCUAGCAACGUUUCAGAACAAUGAUGCGGCUGUCGUCAAAAGUGUCCGACAUUUCCGCCUCCAGAAUGAACGAGACAUUCUUCUUCGAUUCCAAUCCCAAACCUCAUAUGUCCGACCGCUCCUGGAUGAGAUUGAGGACCCUCCGGGUCCACCAGCUCUGAUUCUUAGACACCUGGAUGAUGAUCUUCUACACGCAUCUAACAGUCGACGACUCUCACGUCACGAGGUCAAGUAUGUCGCAAGGAGAGUGUUGAGCGCUUUGGCUGUUUUGCAUCGGGAAGGCUAUGUUCACACCGAUAUCAAACCCAGCAAUGUACUGGUGAAUUAUGGCCAGGGUGAAGUUCGAUUCAGCGAAGUCCAGCUAGCGGAUUUCGGAAGUACCGUUCACAUCGAUUCACCCUACGCCCAGAAUGGAGAUGAAAUGGGGACACCCAUGUUUAGAAGCCCUGAAGCGCAACUACAGAUGCGGUGGGGAACUGCGACCGACAUUUGGUCUUUUGGAGCAACGAUCAUUAGCCUCCUGUAUGGUCAUGGUUUCCAUAUCUUUAAACCCGACGUUCCAAUCGACCACGAUGAGUAUGACAUCAAGAUUCUCAGGAAGCAUCAUGCGUGCUUUGGGCCAUUUCCUAUGUCGUAUCAGGAAAUUGCUGAUGAAACUCGGCUCGCGGCCCUGGCGUGGAUAAUGCACAGUACUCCGGCGGAGGCGCUCAAACCAUUUCAUCUGACGACAUCUCGAGAAAUCUGUGCGGAAGAUAAGGAGUUCGUGCUUAGGAUUAUGAAGCUGGAUCCACGCGACAGGCCUACUGCCGAGGCACUCUUGGAGGAUACCUGGCUGAAUUCAGGGGAGGGCGGUCUUUAGUUGACGGUCUGCUAGUGCCAAGGUUCAGUACUGGCAGAUUAUGUGCCACAUUUACCUGUGGGCGGGUAUUCACCAAGCGCUUGGGCAGACUGGAGCCGGCUGGAUGACAUAUUGGUUUUGUUAAUGGUUC